CAAAAAUUCAACUUAAUUCAGACAAUCUGAAUCGAAUGCCCAUCCCUGCAAAUUGUUAUGUUCAGGGUUAUCCCCGACCGUCUUAAACCAACUAACCAAGCAUACCCAUAUGUGACGGGGACAUCAGUGGUGGCUUUGAAGUACAAAGAUGGGAUUCUGAUUGCUGCUGAUAUGGGAGAUAGAAUGUGCUUAUGUUGUAUGUCUCUAAUGUGUUCAUCGAGCAAAGAAGUUGAGACUAGCAGUUUGAGAAAAACAAUAUUUUCUUUACUGACUCAGCCAGCUGCAACCUCAACUCGAGCUCCAACAGUUGGCACUUGCGUGGAUCAAGCUGUGAGGCUGGCUACUGAGCUUGUCAGGAAAAGAGCUGAGGAUGUGUCUGGGGCACAGAAGAGGCGCAGGCUGGAGGAGCAGCAGCAGCAGGAUGCUCCUCAGUUUGUACCUCGUCCUCCCCCAGUGGUUGUUGAUCUUGCUGUUAGGGAGGUUGGAGUUGUAACACAUGUGAGGGGAAAAAACUUCCCAACUUGAGUCCAGCGUCCAGAGGGUAAUAGCUUCGCAACCUCUUCCAGCAGAACUGCUGCAAGGCAUUUCAUUGAUGCCACAUUUCCUGAAAUGGAUCUAAUUCGGGCAAGGGACAAGGUAGAUCUCCAUGGAGGAGACGGGGUAGUUCGCCACAUCCUUGAGGGAGCCAAUCUUGUUAAUGUUUUGGCAAACAACCACCUGGACUCCCUAAAGGAAAGAAAUAAAUUGAUGAAAGAGAAAGACGAGCUUGGCAAGCAGAAGGAGGAUGCCGAGAAAAAUGUGGAAA